UCAAGUAAAGGCGCUUUUUCAGGCCGCCAUUGGUGGGCUCAGCGCAGUAUAUUUAGAUGCAGAGUCGCUGCAGUUUGCUUCCCUUAUUAGCAAUAUGUCUCUAUGUAAGUUUCACUACUUCUCCACAGUAAGUCUGUUGCUCGCUUUUCUAAAAGGUCGCCUUUUAACGAUCACUGUUCCAACAAAAGCAUUACCAAACUGAUUUUAUUUUCCCCCCACAGUCCACGUCUUUCUUUUUCCCUUUUGUUUUGUUACUUGCUUUAUUUAGCGGUACAAAUACUUUUUUUUAAUUCUCUAGACAAAUUAUAUUAUCUAUCAGUUCCUUGAACAGCGCUUCGGUUCAACAGCCCGCUCACAGCGCCUCUCUCGUGGAGAGGCCGUUAAGCGCGAGACUAACCGCCUCCUGGAUGCCGUUCGUCGCGUUCGGUUGGUCUUCAGGUAGGCCUAAGAGCCCGCUUCCGAUUGGCCGGUUGUGCGAAAAAGCCGCCUUCUGACAGGCUGAAGGUCUACUUGCGGAGUUCCGGUGACAGAAGGCGAGCGCCGGCGGAGAUGGCUGCUCUCGGCUCGCCUCUUCGCACUUUUCGUGGCCUGUUGCGGGAGCUCCGUUACGCACAAGGGGGGACCGGCCGUUCUUACAGGGAUUCGGCGACGUAUCAGUAUUUGAAAGACGCUUUCCGCGCACACCGGGUACGUCGGCGAAGCUCCGAGGCGAAGGUAACCAGUGAAAAGUUAUGCAGAGCCCAGCAUGACCUGCAUUUUCAGGCUGCCACAUAUCUCUGUCUUCUGCGUAGUGUCCGGGAACAUUUAACACUACAUAAAGAAUAUCAUGGCAAAGGAGAAAGGUCGCCAGAACAAGUAGCUGGACUUGUAGGCCUUAAACUACCACAACAGCCUGGCGGAAAAGGAUGGGAGCAAUAAGUAUGAAAAGAUUAGUUCUUACUGUAUCUCAUAAGGAUGUUAUGAAUUCUGUUUUUCAAGAUACUGUAUUAAAUAAAAUGCUUGUAUGAAAUGCA